GUGUCUUAUGCCACCCCAAGUGACUACUACCAACUGACAUUGUGUGAGCAAAUGCAAACAUAAACCCAAUUCCCUCUGCAAUUUUUUCUUCUUCUUCUUCUCAUGGCUCCGAAACGACGUCCUAAGAAAGGCGAGUCGCGAAUGGAGGCAGCACUCGACGCCAUGAAACCCUACGGCUUCCCCAACAGACUCGUCCGAACUGCCGUUAAUAGCCUCCUCAAAGUUUACGGUGGCAACAAAGGCUGGGUCUUCAUCGAAGAAUCCGCUUACUCUCUGUUGAUCGAAACGCUUCUUGAAGAACAAGCCAGUUCUUCACCUCAGGAUGGUUUGAUAGAGGCUAAUCCAGAUGGUCCGAAUGAGGUAACACCUGCCGGAUGCUCAAACAGUGCCUUUCUAGCUUGCUCUAACACAAAAACUUCUGAUGAUACACCAUUAACUAAUCAGGCGAUGGACAUUGUAUCGUCACCCAGUGGAACUGCUAUUCAACUUCCCAUCAAUGGUGUGGAUACUGUAUCUGCAAAAACUGCUAGUGAACUUCCCAUUGAACCUGCCAAUCAACUUUUAAUCAAGGCUGCCAGUGAAACUCCCAUCAGGGCAGAAAAAGAAUCAGGUUAUCAAGGCAGAAAAAGAAUCGAGGCUGCCAGUGAAACUCCCAUUGAGGCAGAAAAAGAAUCAGAGUUUCAGCCAGAUUGGGCUUUGGCCGAAAAUCAUGUAUCGCAUUCCCCACAACUUGGGACGGGACUUAGUGACAAAAGGUAUAAACCUAGCUAUGGCUGGAUAUCUAAUGAUGACGAGGAGGAAGAAGAGCUAAUAGAGCUACCUCUAGCUCCGUGGUUAAGUGAGGUAAAUUAGUGUAAACAAGACAGGGUAUUACAUAUAAUUAGUAGAAGAGAACUAUACUCUUCGAAAAUGAACAAGGAUAAAAGGAGUAAGUUUUGUCGUUUAUAAGAAAAUCAAUGGUUAAUAUCUUCACAUACUCGUGAUUUAUUAUACAUGUGUACUGAAUAUGGAACUAUAUACUUUUCUCUCUAAUGAUUAAUAAAGAGUCUAUCUACCAUAUGUAGUAAGUUGGUUCAGCGAAA